AAUACAACCAACCGGAUGUUGGAAACAGUAGCUCACUCGAAGUUCUUCACCCAAGACUAUUAUUGCAGAAAAAAAAAUCUUGAUCGCAUAUGUACAUCAUGUCGGGUUCAUCCAACACUAUGGCCAUGAAAAAAGUGGUUCAACAGUUGCGUUUUGAAGCCAGUAUUAACAGAGUUAAGGUGUCCCAGGCAGCUGCUGAUUUGCAACAGUUUUGCCUUCAGAAUGCCAACCAUGACCCUCUACUUACCGGGGUGUCAUCAAGUACAAACCCUUUCAGAACACAGAAAGUAUGCUCAUUCUUGUAGCUUACUGGCAGGAGUUCAAGUUUUAAAUUGAGAUUUUUGCAACAGGUCAAUACACUGCAAAGGAGGCAUCUAUGGAUAUAAAAUGGAAACCGCCAGCUAACAGUUAUUUUUAACCAUCAAUGAUUAAGGUGCUUUCUACAAGCAUUCUGUAAAGUAAUCUAUAGCCGAAUACGUGCCUUCGUCAUUUCGUUUUUUUUUGCAACAGGUCAAUACACUGCAAAGGAGGCUUCUAUGGAUAUAAAAUGGAAACCGCCAGCUAACAGUUAUUUUUAACCAUCAAUGAUUAAGGUGCUUUCUACAAGCAUUCUGUAAAGUAAUCUAUAGCCGAAUACGUGCCUUCGUCAUUUCGUUUUUUAUGUGUUUGUUAAGAAUAAAUUGCUAACAUUUCUUAA